CCUUACCCUGAUUAAAAAUCUUUGCUACAUUUGACUUUUACAGCAGGAAGGACUGGAAGAACUUUGACUCUGGGUGAGGGAGCUUCCAACUUCCACCAAGAAUGUGAAUUAUGCAAAGGUGGUAGGAUUCAGGCUGUGAGCUAUGCAGGAUAUCUGUUUCUGUAUGGCACUGGCAGCAGAAUUAAACAUUUGCUAGUUCUUCAGCUCUCACAGUUCACUGCUGGCAUCCUAACUUACCUUGUUAAAGGACAGUUGUUUUCUACUGAUAUGAGAGAUCACAAACUGUUCAAUCUGAAGCACAAGCAGACAGGACUGAAAUGUCAGAUUAGAAUGAGCCAAACACUUGGUGGGAACAUAGCAGCUGUAGCACAUAAAUAUAUUUGAGUCCAAGCUUUGAUAUUUCUCCUUAUCCUUGUGGUUUAUUUGUUCUCAUGAUUAGACUUGAAAAGCUUUGAGAACAAGAGAUCUGAAACUGGUAUAAAUUAACUUUUGAAUUGCUUUUGACUCUUCAGCAAAUCUAAAAAUUCUUGGUGCUGUUGUGCAUAACAAAGUGUAAACAAUACAUUUUUUUGUCAAAUAUUAGGAGGCAUUCACGUGCAUGCAGUAGGGAUUUGAGGUGGCUAACAAAAUUCCUCUGGCUGGCUGGCAGUAGGGUUAGAAGACUCCCCAGAAAACAAUGGAAGAGUGAAUGGUAAAUGCCAUUGUUGUCCUAAGGCUUGGCUGGAGCCACACCACUGUGCCUGGAAGGAGAGAGGAGAACUAAUGGAAAGAAGCUAGAGAUGAGGCUUCUGCUAAAAAAUGUUAUUAAAAUAGCUGUGGAGAGGGAAUGAAAAGAAAUCAAGGUUAUUCUCUCUGUCAAAUGGUAUUUAGUCAUGAGAAGCUGAUGGCGCACUGACUGGAGGAGCAAGGUUAGGGUACCCAGAGUGGCUGUGCAGGUGGCUGCUGCUUCAAGCAGGCAGCUUUCAGGUUAUCUGAGCUGCCACUCUUGUCCCUCUUCUAUUAAUGAAGCUUUUGUUGUUGCUGAUGAUGUUCUGCUUUGCCAUCUGUGUUAAAAGGAAUGGUUUUGCCUCAGUAUUUUGUUUAGCACUACCUAGUGAAUGACUAAAUACACAAACUGCUGUUCUGUUCCUUUAUGUAUGGGCAGUCUCAAACCCAGGGUUUCCAGCACCCCACAGUUACUGCAGCAUUCCUGAACAAUCCAAGAGCCCUUUCCAGGAGCUGUCAGGUCAGGCUGACUGUAGCAGAGAUGUCUUUGGAAGAAGUGCCUAGUGGGGGUCUCACUACCCAGAAAAGUACUGUGGAUUGCCACAGCAGGAGAGGGAUUUUUCCUCAUGGCCUUCUGAAUGCUAAGGGAGUUACAGUGAUUUUUUUCCUUAGCUCUGUUUUUAGUUAGUGCAGCAGAAACUGCUAGGACAGGAUUCUGCACUACAGUAUUUCUGUCGUCCUGCCUUUGUUUUACAGCAUUUUUACAGCUCACUUGUAAACAGGAAAAUAUCUAUUUAAAAAAAAGAAAGUGAUGAAGUGCAAAUACCUGUCUGACAUGCUCUGUAGUCUGUUCCCUGCUGCUGAGAACUGUGAUAAGUUAUUCUGCUGUCUUGCUAUGUUGGCUAAAAGUGACUGGUGAUGUGAAAAUGAUCAUAAAACUUCCAGAUGUUUGGUAUUUUUUUAGACUGGUAAUACCUUAUUUUGCUUAAGCUUUAUUUCUUUUCUAUGUGUACAUACGUGGCUCAAAGAAUGUGCAGCUGAUCCUUCCAUGCAUCCCCAGUGCAUGUCAUGUGUGGACAAAAGGAAGAGAUGAAGUUGCAUCCUUACUGUGACAAUCCACAGAAAGCCUAUCCCACAAAUCAGCUUUUUUACCAGGACACUUACACUACCAGGACAUUUAUAAUCACCCAGAUGCAGAGAUUGCUUUGGUACUUACAUCUUUUUUUUACUUUGAUAUCAUCUUACAAGCUCUAGCAUGAAGAUAGCUAUAAAGCAGCUGGAGAAUGGAAAAUAUCUGUUAAAAAUCAAAUAUGACAUGUUCAUCCUGCAUAGGAAUGUGCUUCUCAGUUAUACAACUGUUGUUCUGUGUUUUAACUGCAUUUACAAGACUUGUCUUGUUACCUUCUUGGGACUUCACACUCCCAAGGUUAUUUCACACUCCUUCAGGCUAUAAAUUAUGGGCAUUUGCCUACUGAAGUGUGAUUUAUUAUUUUCAUAAAAAUGCCCAACCCUUACAUCCCUUGUUUAGCUGGAAAGAGGCUUCUUUGUGCCCCAAGACUUUAAAUUGUGAGCAGCCAUUUACUCACUGCUUUUACUUCUCUGGGUCGUGUUGUUCAAGGAUCUCAGUUCCCUCCUCUCACCAUGAAGAGUUUUGCUCUCCUUUUCCUAGUUGUGAUCUGUGGCAUGGGAGGACUGGGACAGAAGCUGAAGCCAAAGAAAAGAAGCAACGGUGAAGAAAUCAAAUUUCGGACUAAAACCAAAGAUGUUUGCACAAUAACCACGAGUGGCGAUGACGAGGAGAUGAAACUUAGAAUUGAAUGCAAAAGCCAAGGCUUGUCCUACUGGUGUGAAUUCAGUGGCAAGCCAUCAGUCUGUCGUGCUUUCAGAAAUAACCCAAAGAUCUACUGGAAUCAGAUCGCAGCAGAGCUCAGAAAGGUCCCGCACGCUUGCGAACCCAUGGAAGUGUUGAAGACCACCAUGUGCCAAAAGGCUCCCCCAGAGGCUCUCAUGAGGCAAAUAGCUGCUGGAAUGGAGCCAGAAGAGAUAGCAAACCAGGAAAAAUCAGUGCAGAAAGCCUCCAUUCCUAUGAGAGAAGCAGGGCAAAACUCUGACCCAGCCCAACAUGGUCAAGGGUCUGGAAUUGAAACAGAAGCAAUGAAGCUGGCACGGGAGCACUGCUGGGAAUCUCUGCAUGGUGUCUGCUCCUACAUCAUUGGCAUUCUUAGGGGCUAAGGAUUUGCUUCAGAGCAGUGGUAUUACCGCUGAAGGAGGGUCCUUGCUGCAUUGUAAUAAUUUAGACAUAAGAAUAUUGGUUAAAAAUCAGUGUUUUCUAUAAAUCUUUUAGCUGUUUCUUUUUUAAAGAAAAAAUGAAACUUUUUAAAAGCUCUGAAAAAUUCACAAAACUGGAGUGACUGUGCUUAAAGUGUAAGGAUGAACCAACUGCCCUUAGGUUUGUUACACACCUGGGUGUGCUGCAUUUAUGUAACCUAGGAUCUGCUUGACCUUGCAUAGGUUUUUGUGUGUAUUGACUUGCUUCAGUUUGUUAGAGAUGAAAGCUGUUAAUGAUGAUACAGUUAGUGCAAAAAA